GAGGAAAGCAGCAUCGCAGUCAGACAAGCCAGCUGACAAAAAGGAAGAGGAAAGCCAAAACGAUGAUGCUAGCACCUCUCCUUCACCCAGUACACGCGGUCCCGCCCAGCAGCAGCAAAACUCAUCAGACUCUGGGAAGAAGCCAUGGGAAAGGAGCAAUUCUGUUGAAAAGCCUGUAUCUUCAUUACUUUCCAGAAAUCCAUCAGUGGUGAAGAGCUGUGAAGCUAAGAGCCCCACACAAUCCCACGUGUCUUCUAGGAUGAAGCCAGUGAGCAGCAGCAAUGACAUGGCUAUGGAUGCCUUAGAUUUUGAUCGAAUGAAACAGGAAAUAUUGGAGGAAGUUGUAAGAGAGUUACACAAAGUGAAAGAGGAGAUAAUUGAUGCCAUACGGCAGGAGUUGAGUAGAAUCAGUACAACAUAAUGAUUGCAAAGCAUUUGGACGGUACUAAGAAUGCUAGGAAGAUCGGAUCAUUUCUAAGUGUACCAAGGUCAUGCAAGAUGGUGAGAGAGGACACCGGCACUGUCUUUGUUCUUAUACCCUUUUUAUUAGCAGACUCAGCACACUUUGAAGCUUGCUGCUGCCUUGGAUUCGCUUCAUUUUAAAAGUCUUAAUCUAAAGAAUAUUAAAUUUUAAAUUUCUGGAUUUUUUAGAUUUCAUCUGACACUGCACAUUGGAUUUGUCAGCCUUUUUUGUAUUUUGUAUUUGCUUAUUUAAAUGUAUUACCUUUCUUUUUAGUAGUAGAUAAGAACACAUGUGAACCAUUUGCUUUUGAUAGAUGACUUCAAAGUAAUUUUACUAGUAGUCUGCAAUGUAAAUGAAGAUCCUUUGCCAACAGAAAUGUAUUGUGGCAUCACCAGAAGAAACAGAGACAUGUUAGUUGUCAGCCAAUAAGUUCUUUGUCUCAGAGUUAUCACAAUAUAAAAAAAAAUGGUACGUCAGUGCAUCACAGUAUCUGUGUUCAUAUUGGUAAUAAACUGUUUAUUGUCCACAUG